AUGCUCCUGGCUGACAACCCUGCGACAAUAGUCGGAACUCCCAACACAGGGACAACCACUUCAACUGUCAACGAGAGCAAUACCAUGGCAACCGUCAAACUCUUCCUUAGCCCACCACCGCAACCGCCGCAACCACCUGCCACCACCACCCCUACCACACCCGUUGACCCACAACAGCAUCAACCGCAGACAGAGACAGUGUUGACCCAUGCUAUGGUCUCACUCUCGUCUGCCAAUAGGGUCUUCCAGAUCCCCGAACUAGCGGACGACAUCGCCGUCUACUUGCGCCCAAUCUACAUCAGUCAACUCCGCCUGGUCUCGAGAGCGCUCUAUAUCGCUUACAGACCGCACCUUCGGCUUCACCUUCAUCGAGAGUCUACCGAGUCCUGGACUUCUUUUCCGACACUUAAGGACCUGGUUGUUGCUGACACUGCUGCUACUACUGCUGCUACUGUCACCACGGCCUCUACUGCGAGCAAGACCACUGACAAGGCGGAGACUUGUGACGAGGGCGAGGUCAAGCAGCGCACACCGGUCAGCGGCACAGAUGAUACAACUACGACGACCGCAACGAUAAUAGCAACAUCAUCGAAUGCGACAUCGGCAACAACGACUGAGACUGUGACUGAGACUGUUGCAUCGCUUGCUAUCCAGAAAUCAAGCCUUCGCCCUCAACAAAAGCAAGAAGUAGACGAACAAGAAGAAAAAGUCGAAGCGCUUAAGCUUGCGCCCAAGAAGGCCGGAAACGGAUACGGAUACGAGGAGGGGCACACUUACGGAAACCUUGUCGAGACCCUCACGACGGACUCGCUCGACAACCUCGAACGACUCAUCCCCAUUAUGCGACAAUGCCCCAACAUCCACACCCUCUCCAUCACCCGCUGGAACAAGGAGCUCAGCGUCUUUGAGGACCUCCUGCAUAACUCGCCGCGUCUCAGGUCUCUGUCGGUUGCCUUUUAUACCACCGUAGACUUGACCGAGUUUCUGGGGACGCUUACGGGAACGUCGACUUCCAGCAGGAUUGACGGGACCGGAUGUGCUACUCAAGGGCGACAAAGGGGAGCGGGUUGUGGGAUGCUACAGUCGUUGGACAUCAAGCAUCGUGUGCCGGAUAUCAACCCAAUUGAAUGGAAGGCUCUGAAGGCUGCGCUGGAUGUUCUUCCCUGCCUGCGCCGCCUCUCUCUGACGGGCGUCGAAUUCACAGGAGGCGCUGACAACAAUGGUGACGGUGGUAUCGUAGGCGGCGUGGGUACUCCUCAGGGAUUCGCUGCUCUCCUCAACGGUGGCCAUCCAACACUGACCUCUUGGCACACUACCACCACGGGCACAUCAAGUUCAAGUCUCGUAUCAGCGCCAAAGCAACCCCAGCCACAGCAAGGGGUUUUCCCCCAUAUCCAGUCUCUGUCGCUCAGUAUCUGUGAUUGUCCUGCCGCAACAAUGCAGGAGAUCAACAGAGUCUUCCCAGGGCUGACAUCCCUGGAGUUGAACCGGUGUCGGAGCAAUUGGUUCCAGGUCUUUGAGCCAGACCCGUCGAUGCCUGCUUCACCCCACCUGGGCCCGGCAACUGCCUCUGUCACCUCCUUUGUUUCACCCGCAUCCAAUGCUGUGAGUGUCAGCAUCGCGACCGGGAUCUCGUCAAGUCAAGUCAGUCACUCUUCAUCAAGUACCGCCCAUUCUCCAGCACCUGUAUUACCCAGAGUGCCGUUCCCAGAACUGCGACAUCUCAAGUUGACGGCGCGUCAGGGAUACGAGAUCCUGUUGUUCAACUUGGACCUGGUUGCCCACAGACCCUACCUGACGUCGAUCGAGAUCUAUGACAUGUCGUUGAAGAUUGAGACGCUGAGUUCGUUGGUGUCUGUGUGCAAGGCAGAAGGGCGGUUCUUGAAACGUUGGGCGCAUUCUGUCAGCGGCGCUUACAUGUCGUUGGACGAGAUCCAGACAUACCUGUCCUGGGAUGAGAUUCAGACCAAUGAGGUUCCGUCAUUGUCCAAAGUUCAACAUCUCUAUGUUCAAAAGCCUGGUGUUUUAUCAUUCGGGUCAACAUUGACGAGUCUGCAUAUUGGCGACGAAGGGAACUUCCGAGGCACCUUUGCCAUGAGAUCGAAUGUCAUCAAGACCUGGAACGAAAUCCUACAGAAGUUGCCUCGUCUCCGCGUCCUCAAAAUUGACCAACUUGUCAAGGGGUACUGCCUCUUCCAGCACCUUGGUCGUCAGCCCGUCGGUGAGAUUGUGUGUUGCAGUAGUAAAACGUGUAGUAUCUCUGAAGGCAAGGAUAAGGAAUUGACGCCGCCGCCAACGACGAUGACGAUGACGGAAGAGGGGGAGGGGCGUGUGAAGGAGGAGAAGCACCAGGUUGGGAGUUUUGAGACUUCUGAGGGCGCUUGGUCAAUCCAGGUGCCUUCACCAUCAUCGACAGCUGAACAACCAUGCAGGAAUACACUCGGAGCUCUGCCAGCAACUGAAACAACAAAACCGGCCGAGACCCCAACACCCACACCCGUGCCAACGCCAGCAGCACCUGUAUUGUCAUCAGCGACUGCGCCGACGACGGGCCCAGCAGUAGCAACAACACCAAAGUUAGAGACACCGUUCCUGGAAGAACUGCAUGUCGCCUUUGAAUGGGACCUGGAAGUGUCGACUGCAGAUAUGGACCGAGAGCUGAUCCAACGGUUCAGGCUCCUGGAGAAGUUGUAUGUGACCAGUAUGCGGAAACCGGAUGACUUUGCUGUCUUUACGGAGCAGACCCGACCUGGCCUUGCUAUUGUGCAUCGGCGGCACGAGAACCUUUAG